AUGUCAAUUUUCAGAAGCAACAGAGAUCUCGAGGCAUGUCUUAAUCGAUGUAACAAAUCACAAGAAUCGGCUAUACUUCUGGCCGGCAUCAAAUCAUGGGAGGAUACAUGCGCUCACUUAGAAGAGUUGCGCGCGCAGUUCCCUUGUUGGAAAAACAACGGUCACGAGCUUUCACAGUCAUGUCGAGCUCAAACAGUUAGCCUCAAAGAAAGUAUGUACCAAUUCACUCUGAAUCAAUCGUAUCAGAACAUUCAGAAUAUAUGCAGGUAUCUUUUCGCUUUGAAACCUACUAAACUCCUUGGAAAUUAUACGAUUACUGGUCGCAUGUUUCACAACAAUCGCGAGGCUAUGUUCAAUAUGUUGAAGAUUCGUUGGUCCACAUUGCCAUCUCAGUGCGGUUAUUCUCAUCUAAGAAGAGACACAUAUUCAAGCGAAAAGCACUACUUAUCUACAAGUUCCGCUUACACAGGAGUGUUCUUCAUUGCUACACUGUUCAACGCAGCGUCCCUUUCUUUGUAG